GAAGAAAAUCGAACAGAUUUUGGACAAGUGGACAUCGUUGAUGAUGACAAUAUGGUCCGGUUGCCGCGACAGCGUAUUGUCGAUAUGUAUAAAAACGCUAUGUCGCGCGUUCGCGUUUUAGAAGCAAAGGCGAACGAAGGUACUAUUUUCUCAUUGCGAUUUGCGAAAUGCAUACAAAAAAUUACAUUUUCACAUUUUUAUUUACAUACUUAAUACGAAAAAGUGAUAAACAAUUAAUUUACAUUUUACGGUUAUUUAUGUAUAAAAAAAAUUUAUGAUUUUGUUGUUAUUCGUCACUGACUGCAAAUUAAGCUUUUUCCUUCAGACAGUGGGUAUUUUACCUUUUAAAGCUACAAUAUGUAUUAGAUGUAACCUUUUGUGUGACAAGAGAGAGCGGACAGACCAAGAUUUUCGUAAAUUAGUUUUACGAGAAAAAUGUUUAUUAAGAAAAUUGACUAUUAAAGAACAAGAAAUACAAGAAUAUGCUGCACAAUUGACAGCCAUGCGAAAUUCUAUUCAAAGCAAUUCAAUAUCCUCACUAAAAUGUUCAUUACAAGAUCCAGCAGUAAAUCUUUUGAUUCAAAGAUUACGACAAGACCUUUGUGCAACAAAAAUUAGAUUGGAAGAAACUCAAAGCGAAUUGAAUGCCUGGAAAUUUACACCAGAUAGUAAUACUGGAAAAAGAUUGAUGGCAAAAUGUCGUUUACUGUACCAGGAAAAUGAAGAACUUGGUAAAGUAGUAAAUAGCGGCCGAGUAGCUAAGCUUGAAGGUGAAUUAGCAUUGCAAAAAAACUUGAGUGAAGAAGUUAAAAAAUCACAGUCAGAAUUGGAUGAAUUUUUACAAGACUUGGAUGAAGAUGUUGAAGGAAUGCAAAGUACAAUAUACUUCUUACAGAAUGAACUUCAGAAGUAUAAAACUUCUGUUCAAAGUACUGACAAUUCUGCAAACAAAGAAACUAAUCCAAAAUCUAUUGUUAACGGUAAUAAAAAAGAUGAUGUUAGUGCAACUGUGAUGUCUGUAAAAUCAAAAACUGAAAUACCAACUCAAUUGGUCAAAAACCUGCCAAAACCUGAUAAUAAGUCAAGUAAACACAAUAAACCAAAAGAAUCUAAGCAAUUAACUGAUGGUCAAAGUAUUAUUGCUAAAGUAAAAAAAAUACGACCAGUAAUAGCAGAAGGUACAGUCCAAAGUGAGCAAUCCCCUAAAGUACAUAAAAGUAAACACAAAUCAGAUGGAAGUAAAAAUGAAGAUAAACGAAAAAAGUCUGAAAAAAGGUCCCAUAGCAAAGGUGAAGUGGUACAUAAAAAGUCAAAAAGUGAGCUUCCCAAAAAUAUUGAAGUGAAGACUCCCGUAGAAGUAGCUAAUGGACUACCCAAUGGUUCAUAAAUAUUGUUAUUUUAAUGUUAUUUUUCUUUUAUCAAUAAUGGAAUGUUGAUAAAAAAUACCUAUUGAAUUAUUUUUCAACGUUAAUUUUUUAUGUUUAGGUUUGAAUAAAUAAUUUUAAAAAAAAUAUUGUUAUUGAAAUUUAAUAGAAUAAUUUUUAUACCUUAAUGCUUUGAUGUUACAUAUUGACAGGAACCAUUAACUAAUUGCGAGACUUACAAUGAUGUGACUAUUUUCUCAAUACAAUCUUAAUUAAAGUACAGAGUUGAUGUUUGGCUUAAAAUAAAUUAUGGUAUUACAAAAGGUCUAUAAAUAAGUUAAAUGAAUGGAACAAAUACUGUAUAAUACUUAAUAGCUCCCAAACAAUAUUUUCUAAUGUGUUAUUCUAGAACUACCA